AGACACAGAUAGCUCAGACAACAUACUGGGCUUGGGGGCAGAACGGGCACACAUCUAGUAGACGCACUACCAAAGAGGAAGACGGAACAUAAUCAUCUGCCACUUCAACUGGAUCCCUGGAAAGGUUAAGUUUGAUCAUUCCUCAGCUCCUGCAUGCACUGAGAACUCGAUCUGCCUGCGCGGUACAUAAUCUCUUUUCCCAAGAUGACAUUGUGUUUUCCAUGGCUUAUAAAUAACAACUGCUCUUACUUUGACCAGAUGAGAGAGUAAGAUAAUACGCACACUGAGAGAAGUCCUCCAUGGAGCUUGAUGGGACUUUAAUGAGUUGCAGCCAAGGAAGGAAUCUUCCUGCAACUCCGUUCAUCCUUUAAAACCCUUUUGCUUCUUCAACUUUGCUGAAAUAUUGGCAUGGAACACCGUGGUUGUCUUUGAAAGUUUUUCAGAAGGAAAGAAUUAAUAGAGAUUAUUAGGUCAAGAACUCAAAGCCUUCUUUUCAUCGUAAGGACGUGAAUCAGAGAACGAACUGAAGAAAGACAAGAAAUAUAGAAGGUUUGGUUUCUGAGCUCCAUACUGACUACCCCAUUACUCAUUUGACUUGAAUCUUAGGGGUGGUUAGGGUCACUAAAGAAGCCAUGGAAGCCACAGAGGGUCUUCAGGAGGCAAUGGUAAGCGAGGCUCUGACUCAGUUCAGGGCCACCUUGCAAGCUGCCAUAAGGGAGGUGCAUGUGGACGUAAGUGCUUUCAAGCAGCGCAUAGAACAGAGGAUUGAGGAGCUGUGCAUUUCCAAUGGACCCUUGGCUGGGGCGGUGACCAGACUGCAGGAGGAGAACCUGCAGCUCAGGGCAAAGCUGGAGGCCCUCAGCUGCCUGGUGGAGGGUCUCGCCGGGGUAAAGAUCGAGAGGGGUCCUGCUGAAGUGAAGGUGAAGAACGUGGGGGAUAGUAUAGAGAACGGACAUGCACUGAUACUGCCCAAGACCCAGGAAGACCAGAGAAGUCUGGUUAACUCUGGAAGAUCAGAGAACAGCCAGUCAAGUCAGUCUACUUCCACAUACUCUGAAACAUCAGGGUCAAGUGGAGGAUCAAGCCAUGCUGCUGCUGCUCCCAGCAACACCCCAGCCCCUCCUCCAUGGAGAGCAAAGAGACAUGCUGAAAUUAACGGCACUGAUACAAAAGGAGAGACAAAUGUUACCACGUCUGCACAAGAGAAUGGGAACCAAGAAAGCUCAUCAGUGGACUCUGAUGCAGCGCAAACUGUUGAACCUGUUCCCCAUUCCCACCGGCCUCUCACCUCCAUCACGAAACCAAACCCAGAGCCGUCAGCCAAAACUAACUCUCUUCAUUCACCUGUGGAAACCCCCAAUGUGCCUGACCAGGAAGAAUUGGGUCUUCUGACCAAACCGCAUCAUCCCCUCACUGCAAUGACAAAAGCCAGCUCCGAAGCUCCAGCUGUUCCACAGUCUACUGCCUCUGGAUCAUCAGUAGAGUCUCCUGCUAAAUGUGAUGCUGAUGAACCCCAGCCCCAUCUUCCUGUCACUGCCAUGAAGACAAAACCCAGUCCAGAAGGUUUGAUUGCCACCAAACCUGCCCAGUGUCCAGCAUCAGUGCCUAAUGCAGCUGGUCACUCUACAGCAGAAGCUCCAACAGGGGAAGCAGGCACAUCUGGAACAAAGGAGCCGUCAGGGUCUGUAUCACAGGCGUUGGCCCACCUUCCUCUCACAGCUGUUUCAAAAAGCAGCUCUGAGACUUCAAUCUCAGAAUCCCCGACAAUGAAGCCAGGCGGAUAUCCAUUUAGACGCGAUAUCACUGAACCCAAGCCACACUUGGCUCUCUCUGCCUUGACCACAUCCAGCACAGAGUCUUCAUCAACAGCUCAGUCGCCAAGACUUUCGUCAUCACAAGAAACCGCAUUAAAACCUGGGGAAUAUCCCUUUAAGCGUGUACCAAUUCUCAAGACACCCAGUCCCAGUCUAAAGAGAAGCGUGAGCUUUCCUCAGCCUGCAGAAAAACUGCUUCCCUCCAAAUCAAUCAUAAAAUCUGGUUUCUCACCUAAUUUGGACAAGAAAGUGAACAAGGCAGGGGGGGUUGAGUUUAAACAGGAUGUGAUGAAAUCACAAACGCUUCCACGCUCAAAUGGAGCUCAGGCCAAACGGGCCCUCUUUGAGAGGAUGAACUCAGAGCCUACAAAACCAAAGGAUUCAAAGCCUAAACUGAAGCGCUCUCAGAGUUUUGGUGUGUCCAGUGCCAGCGGCAUAAAACAGAUUCUCUUGGAGUGGUGCCGCUCAAAAACCAUUGGCUAUCAGAACAUAGAUAUCCAGAACUUCUCUUCCAGCUGGAGUGAUGGGAUGGCCUUUUGUGCUCUGGUCCACUCUUUUUUCCCUCUGGAGUUUGAUUACAACACGCUGCAACCGGCGAACCGCAAACACAACCUUGAGCUGGCCUUCACCACCGCAGAGGUGCAGGCUGACUGUCUCCGUCUGAUCGAGGUGGAGGACAUGAUGAUGAUGGGGGACAAGCCAGACCCCAUGUGUGUGUUUACAUACGUCCAGUCCCUCUACAACCACUUAAAGAAGUUUGAAUAACUCAAGUGUUCACUCUUGAUUGAAUCACAUAAACGACAACUUUAGUGUGUGACAAAUGUCUUCUCUGCCAAAUCCUAAAUAUGUUGAUCAGUUUUAUACUGUAUGUGUGUAUUCACCCCAUAUUCUCAAGAAUUUAUAGUGCAUCGACACUGAUUCUUAAAAUUUCUUUUGACAUGUAAUGUGUGUGGCUUUAAUGUUGCUGUAUUUACAAAAGGGAGGAAGAUUAAGAGAGACAAAAAGACAAAUAAGGUCAAGAGGUGGAGUGCAAGUCUGUAAAUAAUUUAACUAUUAAAAAUAUGCAUGGAG